UUUUACUUCUUACACACAAUGGCUUCCAACCAAAACUAUUAUCCUACUUCUGGCCAUGGAAAAGACAAAAACUCUGAUAAGUCAGAGCGUCACCUAUUUCAUAUCGGAGAUUCGGACAACGACCUUCAUGGCAAUGGAAAAACAGCAGAAGAAAUUCAAGAGUCUGAAACUAAAGAAAAACCCCAACACAGCAACUACGGCCAAGGAAACGAUGAAAGUCGUAUUCCCAAGUUUGAUGACUAUAGAAAGUAUGGUGAAUAUGGAAAUACCUCUCACGAUGCAGCGCGUGCGACAUACAUUGAUCCGAAAGUUAUACCCUCUGCCGUUGGUGCUGGUGCAGAUUCUACCGGCCGCGCUCAGAAAAUAGCCGAUGCCCGAGGUCAGCAACACAAUAACGGAAAUCACGUUAUAUCAGAAGGUGCAGAAAAGUCAAAUAAGGAAGCAAAAGCGACACUCCAUGAUAAAAUUAAAGGAAGAUUUGAAAGCUUUUUGGGAAGGCUUACUUGUAAUGAUGAAAGAGUAGCUAAAGAAAAUAUGCUUUUAAAUAUUGAAUUGUUGAUUUUAAGAUCAAAUGUAGACUUCUUGAGGCUAUCCUGCAAAGAACGGGUUAUGUUUCACACCGAGAGUAAACUUAAGUCAUGA